UGGGGCAGCGCGUGCAGGCGUCGGGAAGAGGAGACGGAGCGGCUCCGGCCCUAGAAGUGAGGAGCACCGUCACAGCUGGCAAGAUGGCAGCAGAUGAAGGUGCACAGGACACCUUGCGGCUCCAGUUCAAGGCCAUGCAGGAGAUGCAGCGCAAAAGGUUGCAGAAGCAGAUGGAGAAACAGAAGGAAAAGGAACUGAGCCUUGAAAACAAAGUUGAUGACCAAAAAGAGCCCUUGGAGAUCUACGAUGGCCUCAGCUUUCUCCAAGCUGGGGAGCAAAACUCGAAAAACAGAUUCGAGCAGAGGAUGCUUGAAGAUGAGGUCGCACACCUUCGAGAGGAGCUCAGGGAGACGGUGGAUGAAAAUGGGCGAUUGUAUAAGCUGCUGAAGGAAAGGGACUUUGAAAUCAAACACCUCAAAAAGAAAAUAGAAGAGGACAGAUUUGCUUUCACAGGGACAGCUGGUGUGGCUGGGGAUGUGAUCGCCACCAAAAUCGUCGAGCUGUCCAAAAAGAACCGGGCGCUGAUGGCAGAGUCAGAGGGUGCGAAAACCAGAGUGAAGCAGCUGAGCAAUCGCGUCCGGGAGCUGGAGCGGGAACUGCAGGCGGCCCAGGCCAGGCUACCAGCCAAGGCGGCCACUGACGGAGCCAAGGAGCCAAGGACUCAGAUGGGAGACAGAGCCUUGCCAGAGACCCCAGAGGUGAAGGUCUUGCAGGAGAGGCUGGCAGCCACAAACCUGAAGAUGAGUGAACUCCGCAACCAGAUCCAAUCCGUGAAGCAGGAGCUCCGGAUGGCCCAGAAGGUUUUGACCAGUGAGGUUGGGGAAGAUGUGAAUGUCCAGCAACUCCUGUCCUCUCCAGGGACCUGGAGGGGUCGGGCUCAACAAAUUCUCGUUUUGCAAAACAAGGUUCGUGAGCUUGAGAAGCAGCUGGGACAGACCCGGAGCCAGUCUACAGGAGUGUCCAGUGACGAGCCGUGUGUCCAUCCAGACCCAAGGAAGCUGUCUGCCCAGGAGAAAAACCUGCUGAGGAUCCGCAGCCUGGAAAGGGGAAACCAGGAGGGCUGGGAGAAACUUGUGGGCGAGCGGGAUGGCCUCCAGAGAGAGCUUGAAGAACUGAAAAGGAAGUUCGAGGGUGUGAAGUCCCGGAACAAGGUGCUGUCAAGUCAAGUGAAGACCCUAAGGAGUCAGAUGGGAACGCUGGUGGAGAAGGGCAGGCAUGAUGAUGAGCUCAUCGACGCCCUCAUGGACCAACUGAAGCAGCUACAGGAGAUCCUGGGCAGCCUGAGUCUGCAGGAGGAAAAGACACGGGCGUCCCAGCUCCGCCUGGACCAGCAGGUCAGCAAUGAGGCUCAGCGGACCAGCAGCCUCGUUGCCCAGCUGCGCACCAUGGUGGCCGAGAGGGAAGCCAAGGUGCAGCAGCUGGAGUUGGAGAUCGGCCAACUUGGUGUGCAGUAUCUUCGGAAUAAAGGAGUGGGUGAGGGGUCCAGGGGGCCUGAGGUCAACCCCACCUACACUAAGUUCCUGGAGGACCCGGGCCAGUCCCCAGCCUCAGCAGGCGAUCACGUUGGCAGGCUUGGAUCUUCUCGCUCCGUGACCAGCCUGGGCCACACGCUGGUGGAAUCUGCUCUCACGUGGCCUUCUCUGCCCAGUCCGCAUGGGGCCUCAACCAGGUUCUCGGACUCCCCAGAACAAAAGGGCUGGCAGGCACAAGUGACAGAGUUCAAGGCCCUCUGGCAGGCUGCUGAGGUGGAGCGCGACCGGCUCACCGAGUUUGUCACUGUCCUACAGAAACGGGUGGAGGAGAGCCACAGCAAGCUUCUGGAAUCCGAGAAGAAGCUGCAGGAGGAGCGGCUCCGCACCGUGGUGCUGGAGCAACACCUGGAGAAGAUGCGCCUGGAGCCUGGGAAGACGCCAGCCUCCCAGAGAGCAGCCCCCAGGAGCAAAGCAGGUGUGCCCACCUCCAAAACCAGGCACGACCCGAAUGGCAGUGAAAGGAAGGACCUCUCCUUCACUCAGCUCUCCAACGUGCCCGUGGAAUCACAGAUGGAGGAGCUGACCACCAGGCUGGCCAUCCAGGUGGAGGAGAAUGAGAUGCUGAAGGCUGCCCUGGGCAGUGCCCUGCGUGGAAAGGAGGAGGAUUUCCGCAUGUACCACGAGACCCUGGGCCAGGUGAAAGGGGUCUUCCUACAGGCCCUGCGGCAGCAGAAGGCAGACAAGCACUAGGAUUGUGGCUCAGUGUCAGCCUGGCUGGACGUAGCAGCCUCAGGCUCUGAGAAGAUGAAGCUCUGUCUGAGGACUCCAUCUGCUCCUGGAAGUCAACUUGGGGCAGCUGGUUCAGCCCCUUCUCCCAGAAGAGGUUCCCCAAGGGUGACCAAAGCCAACAUCUCAGACCAGAAGGGCAAAGGAGCCCUGCAGGAGACCCUAGACAGGCUUGGAUGCAGCAGGUGGGGAGGCCCAGCACCUGCUUCCUUCCUGGUGUGAAUUCGGACAACAAGGUGGCUGUGAACAGACAGAUGCGCAGAUGCUCACCACCCUCAUCCUAGGACGGAGCUGGGGGUCCCUGUCGGCCCACAUGGCUCUAUAUGCACAGGAGAGCUCUUCGUGCUCCAGCGGGAAGCGUCCCCCAGACCACCCAGCUCCAUCCACCCCCUUACCAGGGCAUACACUCCCCAGUCUCCCUCCAUGGCUCCAACUGUGGCCACCCCCAAACUUUGCAGUCUUGGGGACACAUGCUCCCAGCCACUUUGUCAGUCCAUUCUUCAGGGGUCUUAGAUGCAGACCCUCGGACUUGUAAUAAUAAUGAUUAUUUUCAUAGCCGCCGCA